CGGACGUAACCGUUAGCGAUCUACACACGUUAAUAAUUCAUAAUGUGGCAUUUCGCACGGGUGCAAACAUGUCAAAAGAAGCGUUUGAUGAAAUGUCAGUUUUAUCCUCCAUAUACUGCGAGCAGGGCGAAUUCGAGGUAUUAGAAGAGUCACCUGAGAGGGGAAUCGUGUACCGCAUACACACACUGACAGAGAGGGACAACGAGAAGACUCCGCUAGGCCUUAUUUUCCACAUCUCUCCCAGCUACCCCCACACUCCUCCAGAUAUCAGCAUCAGUUCCAGCCACUUAUCGAGGAAAGAGUGUCAUGACCUGAGACAGCAAUUACUGGACACAGCACGAUCACUUCCACCAGAGCCCAUGAUCCAUGGCUUAAUGCUGUGGCUUCAGGAAAACUUCUCUGACUUGAUCAAAACAUCAAGCUGCCAUUCAGCAGAGGUCAGAGCAGAAACGACUGAAGAAACAUGGACCGCUUUACUACAUUUAGAUCACAUGAGAUCCAAAGCAAAAUACACAAAACUGAUUGAAAAAUGGGCUUCAGAGCUGCGUCUCACUGGAAGACUCUUUACGGGCAAACCGAUAUUGAUUCUGCUGCAAGGAACGAAGGAAAAUAUUAAAGAAUACAUACACCUUCAGAAGACUGUAAAAGUGGAUGUUGAUUCUUCAGGGAAACGCUGCAAGGAAAAGAUGAUGAGCGUCCUUUGUGAGAUUCCACAACCAGAGGAGAGGAGAAUGAUGUCUACAUUUGAAGUGAAAGACGUUUUAUCACUUGAUGACCUCAAAAGGGAGUUUGAUCUUGUUGGACUAACUGAGCUUUAUGACCAGUUUGUGCCCUCAUUCAUCUGACAGGACAGCUGCUGUGUAACACACACUCUCUCCACUGGGUGGGGCCGCACUCAACAACUCUGAUGGAUUCCCAUAAUAAAAAACGUCAUGUAAUUUUCUUUAAUAGCUUAUAAUGCAAAAUAUGCUGUUUUAUAAUAUUCCCAGUUAAACUGUUUAUAACUAUAUGUCAGUGCCAGGUCUAAAAUACAGGACAUGUAUCCUUACGGAGUUGGACUGGUAAAAAUGUUCAUAAAUUGCAGGAAAUUGUAAACACAAGAUCAAAACAACAUCAAAAUAAAAAAGGGUAGUGAAACUA